AUGUCGACUGGACCAUCAUCUGGACCUCGUCACCCACGAAUCACUCGCCAAGAACAGAGAGACAAACGCCUUGCUGCUCUCGUCGCUAAGCAAGUAGCAAAGGUUGUUCCUCAGAUCGUGAGUGAAUAUUAUGAGAAUGUAAGGAAAUCAUCUAACGAGUCCAGAAUCGAAGCUCCUAAAGCUGCUCCUAAGAGUGCUUUCAGCUUCAAGCAGUUCAAAGCUUGUGGUCCCAAGGAAUUUACUGGCGAAGAUGGCCCAACAGCUAUGUUUCAAUGGGUUGAUUCUGUCGAAGUCACUCUGCGCCAGAAUUUUGUGCAAGCCGCAAAGCCAGUGACGAUCGAAGAAACAUACUUGCUUGCCACCGAAAUCAACGACAAGCGAGUAAAAGCUGGUUUUUGGGAUAAGCCUUCAAAGAACCUGUAUCAAGCUACCACCGCCGCACCAACCGCUAACACCACCGCUGCUCCUAAGUCUUCUAAGUCCUCUUGUCGUAAGAGGAAGAACAACAACAGCAGCUCCAGCAACAAGAACUGUGCCAUCACUACCGCCGCUCCUCUUCAAGCAGUUCUAGCUCCGCAACCCCAACAGCAACACCGCCAAGCUGCUCCAGUGGCCUAUGCACCUCCUGCUAAACGUGCAUACAUCGGUCCCCACCCAGCCUGCCCGACAUGCGCCUACCAUCACCCGGUGGGUAUUGCCUGCAGAUAUUGCAUUCACUGCAAUAUGUACGGCCACUUCACCGCCAACUGUCGAACUAGCCCCCGCAACACCUUGCGGCUGUUAGAAACUCAUUGCUUGAAAGAGUUUCAACAAGCUGUGUACGACGAAGAAUGCUUUUUAAAACAGAAAUCGAAGGUAGAUUGGUUGUGUGCGGGUGACUCGAAUACGAAGUUUUUUCAUAAUACUGUGAAAGCAAAGAACGCUAGAACAAAAAUUCAUAGUGUUGUAGAUAUUUCGGGUACGAGAUAUGAUGGUGACACGGUUGCAGAUGCUAUGGUGCUGCACUAUACUAACUUUUUGGGUAACGAAACUCAGGUGGAAGAAGCGAAUUUAGAUAAUUUGUUCCCUAAAGUCCUUAGUAAUGAGAUGGCUGAGCUUAUGAUUCGUCCUGUUUCUCGAGAGGAGGUCAAAACAGCCAUGUUCAGUAUUGGAGAUGACAAAGCGCCAGGGCCUGAUGGAUAUAAUUCGGUUUUUUUCAAAAAAGCGUGGGAUAUUGUCGGUAAAGAAGUGACGGAUGCGGUUCUGCAAUUCUUUGAAAAUGGUAAAAUUCUGAAUCAGAUUAACCAUACUGUCCUUGCUUUAUUGCCUAAAAAAGAUGUUCCUGAUUCGGUUUUGGAUUAUAGACCGAUUUCUUGCUGCAAUGUUUUGUACAAAUGUAUUAGCAAAGUUAUUUCGGAAAGAUUGAAAGGCAGCUUGGGUUAUCUUGUCAGCAUCAACCAAUCGGCUUUUGUGCCCGGCCGAAGGAUUUCGGAUAAUAUUCUUCUCACCCAGGAGCUCAUGCACAAUUAUCAUCUUAAUAGGGGGCAGCCUAGAUGUGCUUUUAAAAUUGAUAUUCAGAAAGCCUAUGAUACUGUCAAUUGGAGGUUUUUAGAAGGUAUUCUGGUUGGGUUCGGAUUCCACGCCAAGAUGGUCAAGUGGAUCAUGACAUGUGUAACCACAGUGUCGUACUCUCUGAGUAUCAAUGGGAAUUUGCAUGGUUUUUUCAAAGGUAAACGUGGGCUAAGGCAAGGAGAUCCGUUAUCCCCCUAUUUGUUUACUUUGGUCAUGGAGGUUUUAUCGUUGUUGCUUCGUCGAGCAGCUGUCGGUCCGUUUAAGUUUCAUGCUCAUUGUGCCAAAGAUAAAAUAAUUAAUGUCUCUUUUGCGGAUGAUUUAUUUAUUUUUGUUCAUGGCGAUGUGGUCUCGGUCAAGAAAAUCAAAGACGCGAUGGAGAGGUUCACUAAGAUGUCUGGUCUCGUCCCUAGUCCUGCUAAGAGUACAGUUUUCUUUUGCAAUGUCUCUCAUUCGGUAAAGCAAGCAAUUCUCAAUAUUAUGCCUUUUCAAGAAGGUACGCUUCCGGUGCGGUAUUUGGGGGUUCCUCUUAUAUCUUCGAGACUUGUGUAUAAUGAUUGCAAGGUUCUUAUUGAGCGUAUGGAGAAAAAGAUCGUUAAUUGGGUUUCUAAGUGGUUGUCAUUUGCCGGGCGGCUUCAGCUCAUUAAUUCAGUCCUUUCUUCCAUGCACAUCUACUGGGCUUCGGUUUUUAUUAUGCCUGCUCGAGUUAUUAGUGAUCUAGAAAAGAAGAUUCGUAGAUUUCUUUGGAACGCAGGAUCGGAAGGCAGAAUUCGUGCUAAAGUAGCGUGGAAACAUGUGUGUUUGCCUAAACAGGAAGGAGGUUUGGGUAUUAAGAGCAUUGCUGAUGUAAACAAAGCCUUAAUGGCUAAACACAUUUGGAGUAUUCUUACCAAAAGGGAUUCUAUUUGGGUGAAAUGGAUUCACGACUACAAGAUUAGAGGAAGGAAUUUCUGGGAGGUGCCAUGUAGAGGGAGUAUGAGUUGGGGGUGGCGUAAAUUGUUAUCCAUCCGAAACAUCAUUCGGCCUCAUGUUUGGUCGGUCAUCAAGAGCGGUUCUCAAACGAAUAUUUGGAGUGACAUGUGGUGUGCGAGUAGUCCGCUUAUUUCAUUUAUCUCGCCUAGAAACAUAGCAAAUGCUGGGUUUUCGCUAAAUUCAACAGUUGCGGAUAUGAUUGAUCAGGAUGGUAACUGGAGAUGGCCUCAAGCUUGGCUUGAUCUGUUUCCGGUAUUAAUCACUAUACCGGUUCCGACAACUGAGCCUAAUGGUGACGAUUCUCUAGUAUGGAAAGAUGUGGAAGGUAAGAUUCAAGACUUUCAAUCGGCUAGUGUUUGGGAUUCGAUCCGGCAUCGGGAAGGGCAGGUGAUAUGGGCUGAUAUGGUUUGGUAUACGCAAUGUAUUCCUAGGCAUUCUUUUCACUUAUGGUUGGCUUUUAGGAACAAGCUCAAAACACAGGAUAGACUGUCUAUUUGGGAAGCGGGUAGUCAUACCAACUGGAAUUUAAUGUGUUGUCCGCUGUGUAACCAUGAUAGAGAUACUCGGGAUCAUCUGUUUUUCCAAUGUUCUUUUGCGGCGAAGACGUGGAACGAUGUUAAGAAGCUGGUUAAUUUGAGCAAUGUUAAUGAUUCAUGGUCGUCGGUCGUCUCUUGGGUGGAGCUACAUGCUAAGUCUAGGAGUGCCGAUCAUAUUGUGUGCAAACUUUUGAUUGCUGCUUCGGCUUAUUAUAUAUGGCAAGAGCGGAAUAACAGGCUUUUCAAGAACAACAAAAGAACGGCUGAACAAGUGGCGGAGGUUAUUAAGUCUUCGGUUCGGCUGAAGCUCAUGGGGUUCAGGUUUCGGCUUGCUUCGGUUAAGCGAAGGAUUUUCAAAACAUGGAAGAUUGAAGAUAAUGGAGCGGACCCGGGCUAG